AUGCAGGCAAAGAUAGCUCUGGCGGUGACUUGGCAGGUCCACUCCUCAGGCCUUUUGGUGGCGAUGAAAAGACAGCUUAAAAACUUCCCACAUUUACGCCAACAAAAGCAUGAGCUGCAAGGAGCACCUGAGGCAAGCACCCAACAGCGCAAAGCACCACCACCUGGAGUUGGUGUUGCUCCUGCCAUGCCAGACCCCCGGGUUGUGGCAAAGGACAAGUCUUCGCUUGAUAGAGAGGCUGCCAGCCUUUCGUGCUUUGACCGGCCGUUCGCGAAGCUCGAAGGAUGUGCAACAGGAUCAAAGCAAAGUAGGACCGAGCAAGAUACCAACAAGUUUCAUGAUAGUUUGGUUUCUGCACUGGCCAGUUUGCCAAACAGUCAGCAGUGGCUGAGUGCCCUGGUGGGUGAACUAGCCACCAGGCCGCGGCAUGAAACCCGAACAUGUGUGGCGCGUGUGCGCAAAUUGGCACCCGAGGAAACUCAGAAAAUGAUUGACGAAGCAAAGCGUGACGCACCUGACAUCUGGGCUAAGGUUGCCGUGGAGCGAAUCCUUGAAAGUGGUUCUUCACAGCUUAUGCCAAGUGCGUCGGCGACGUCUGUGAAGACAUUGGCAUCACGCUUCGCUUACGUCUCCAGUGAGAUCACCUGCCCUUCAGGAUGUGCGGGCUUGACCAGGUAUGGGCACAGGGUCGGUGACUUGAGCAAGUAUGCAGCAAUGGAACGCGAAAACCAACUGACCUCUGUGCUCGCCUACUGCCCGACAUGUGAACUGAUCUUUGAUGCCACUAUUUGA